CUCGAUGGGCAAAUAAAAUAGGCUCCAUAACGAUCCGCACCAAUCAGUGUUGUAGUGCAAUUGAGACCACGCAGAGACCAAAGACGAGUGUCGACGAUACGACGAACGAAAUUUAGGAACUGUGGAAAAAGCUGUUUAACCCACCGGAACACCACCCCAAAACGAAAUGCGGUCCAUUAGUGCCGUCGUCGUCCUGGCGCUAGCAGUAGUGGUCAUCCUUGCGGGCUCGUCGUACGGUCACGGCCCGGGUAGUAAAGGCGGUGGCCGAGGGCUCGGAAAUGAAAAUUGCAUGUGCGGCCGAAUAUAUAAGCCCGUCUGUGGUAGCGAUCUGAAGACGUACGCUAACCAGUGCCUACUCGACUGCCACGCGGCGAUGCCAGCAGGACGGCAGAUCGGUCUCAAGUUCCUGCGCGACGGUCGGUGCAAAGAGGGUGAGAAGAGAAAUAAGGGAGGCAAAUAGGAAGACAGUUCGUGACCGGUACAGUUCGUGGGGUCAUUUGAAAAUUAGUUCUUAAGACGCAAAACAGUGCAAGCCAGGAACGGAUUUUGAAUUGUUCAAUAAAGUGCCUCAAGGCUAC